AUGAAUUUCCAUUUAAUUAUAGUACAUCCUCCAUGAUGCGACAUCUCCGCUCCGUUCAUCAUGUUGAAACUCCGCAGUCGGCAAAUCAAGCCUUCAAUCCACCUUGUAUUGUGUCAAGAAAGCAAGAACUUGAUUCUGCAUUGGUGGAUAUGAUUGUAAUGGAUGCACAACCAUUUUCAAUUGUUGAAGACAAAGGCUUCAAGGCUUUUGUCAACCUUUUGGACCCAUCCUACAUAAUUCCUAAUAGGAAGGCCUUGAGGACAAUGGUGGAGGAGAAGUACAAAGCCAAAAAGGAGAAGGCUUUAGAUGUGGUUAGCAGGGCCUCUGCUGUCAGCCUUACAGCAGACAUGUGGACAUCCAUUAACAUGGACGCUUACUUGGCUGUAACAAGCCAUUUUAUCACCGAGGAGGUGGAGCUGGCCUCUGUGGUCUUGGGGGUUCUGAAGUUUCCCCAAACCCACACUGCAGCUCACUUGGCUGAGGCCAAAAAUCUUCUCAUGGAAGAAUGGGGAAUUAAAGGGAAGGUGACAGGCCUGGUUACAGACUGUGCUCCCAACAUGGUUGCAUGUGCUAAUAUAUUACUGCUUCGGCACAUAAUGUGUUUUGCACAUAUGCUUAAUUUGGUGGUGAAAAAGUCCCUUGCCCAAACCCCUGAACUAGAGGAUAUCCGAAGUGAGGGGCGUAGGAUUGUCUGUCUUUUUAAAUCCAGCACCACAGCGAAGGAGAAGCUGUCAGAGAUGCAGCGACAGCUGGCCAGGCCAGAGCACAAAUUAAUACAAGAGGUGGAAACAAGAUGGAACAGCACAUUUAAUAUGUUGGAAAGGCUGUUUAAGGAGAGAGAGCCACUGGGGGCAGCUCUGGCCACCCUCCAUACAGACCUUCCUCCAUUCACCUCAGAGGACUACCAGGCCAUACACCACUGCUUGAGCGUUCUUUCACCGUUUCAAGAGGCUACAGUUGAGCUUUCGACAGAAAAACGAGUGUCAGCAACCAAAGUCAUUCCCAUGGUCAAAAUGCUGAAACAUUACAUCUCAAGCAGGUGUGGUCAGAUCACACACCCACUUGGUGAAAAACUGGCCACUAACUUGAAGAACAAUCUCCAUGAGAGGUUUUCAGCUCUGGAAAAGGUCACUGCUCUGUCAAUGGCAACCUUGUUGGACCCAAGGUUUAAAGAGCUGGGGUUCUGCAGCCAAGGCUCUGCCCACACGGCCAUAGAGCGACUCACUAAAGAGUGUGCUGCAACAAUGCAGGCGCUACUUCCAGAGGCACAGCCACAGUCGCCACCUAGAGAAGGUCCUUCAAGUCAGCAGGAAGAUGGUGGUCUCUGGGCCCUGCUGGACAGGCAUGUGGGGGUUCAACAGCAGGUGACCAGCACAACUGCCAGUGCAACAGUGGAGGUUCAGAGGUACUUAAAGGAACCUCACAUCCCAAGGACUCAGGACCCACUGAGAUACUGGGUUACCCACAAGGUUUUAUACCCACAUCUCUACAAGCUGGCAAUGAAGUUUUUAUGCACACCAGCUUCAUCUGUGCCUUGUGAGAGGAUCUUCUCCAAGGCUGGCGAAAUCGUCAGCCAAAGACGAAACAGGCUGAAGCCCAGCACAGUGGAGAAAAUUCUGUUUUUAAAUAAAAAUCUAUAACAUGUA